AUGGCGGACGCAAAGGUCCAGGAGCUUCUCACGAAGCCGAGGAACGAGUUAACAGAAUACGAGGUCCAAUUGUUGGAAGAGUACGAGUUCGGCUCCGGUCCCUUAUCCAUCCUCCAGACCGCCGUGCGCAGCCACACACAAGUGUUGAUCUCCAUCCGCAACAAUCGCAAGCUUCUGGCGCGCGUGAAAGCAUUCGAUCGCCACUGCAAUAUGGUGCUUGAGAACGUCAAAGAGAUGUGGACCGAGACCCCUCGCCUCGCAAAUGGCAAGAAAGGUCGUCCCGUAAACAAGGAUCGUUUUGUUAGCAAGAUGUUCCUGAGAGGUGAUUCGGUUAUUAUUGUACUACUCAGCUAA